CAGUCACGUAACGGUUCAACCUAGUCUGGAUCAGCAGAGCGAACGCGAAGGAGCGUACCAACGCGAUUUAAGGGAAGCAAGGGUGACCAGUUCGUAUACGAGUUUCGGCUGAGUUAAUGGUUUUUCAACGAGCAGGAGACACGCGAGUGAAAGCGCCUCGUGAAAGAUAAUUCGACAGCUGUGAAAGCACGUGCACGCAUCGUUAAGGAACCCGAUUGUACACGCCUGUAAGUACCUGUAAUUGAAGAGGAGGAGGAGGAGGAGAAGGAUAUACACGAGGAACAUUUGACAAGCUAAUUCCUCGCGUUUACGUACGAUCGGUUGCGAUGAUCAUUGGGACACGCGACAUCGUGUCCAUGGGAAAAGACGAUACGUCAUAGUUCUUCGGUGAAAAACGAAUCGAUUCUCAAGCACCUCCGUACGAAGCUGAUACGCGCGGACAGGGAAACAAGAAAAUAAAUAUCUGGGCUGUAAAGUAUAAUGAAAGACUAUACUAGAAGAUAUGAAUAUGCCUGAGGAUGAGUAUAUAGAGAAAACAUUUAUAUAUAAAUUUCCAACAUGUACUACAAACCAAGAAUAUGUAUUGGAAGUUCCAUUAAAGAUACCUUAUCGUGGAAAUGUCAAGGAACUUAUGCACCGUAUAAUGUCAUCUUUUAAAUUGCCAUGCUAUGUGGAAUUAGACCUAUUGGAAUCAUUGGAGCAUACUAUUAAAACAUUAACAUUAGAAUUUUAUGAUGAGAAAGCAGAAAAAGCUCUUGAAAAUGCAAAAUCUGGGACCUUAGAUAUUGAAGAUAUAAUUAAAAACUGGGAAAAAAUCUAUAAGCAGAAAACAGUAGAAUAUGCUGAUCCUAUUGGAACAACGGACGAAGAAUUGUUUGCUGUUGCAUAUCAUAGAUUGGUACACUCUCCAUCAUUAGAGCCUAUCCUUCAAGCGGAACAUAAACAUGGAAGAGAAGUAACUGAAGUUAUUCAGAUGAGGGACUCCCAAUAUGAACAACUUACUCAAAAGCAAACUGAGGAGAUGCGAGUCGCUGUAGAAGCUCUCGAAGCUGGUUCUACCGAAAAAUCUAUAAACGAGAUGGCGGGACGACAUUUUGAGGAACAAAGUUUAUUGCAAGGUCACUGGGGGUCAAGAGUUGACGCACUUAAAUUAGAACAAAGGCGACAAUAUCGUAACUGGAUCAUGAGGUUACUCGAAGAGCAGCAGACUAACAUGUUGCCGAGUCCAGUGGGUUCUCCAAUUCUGACGAUGCCACCGAUACGACCGGCGUUAGACAAUUUUGUUCAUAGCGAAGAGAAGAACACGGCUGAAUACCCUAUCUUGGAAGAAAGUUUCACUAUACAUUUGGGUUCCCAGAUGAAACAGAUGCACAAUAUACGUAUACUGACAGGCGAUGUUUUAGAUUUUUGUAGAACAAAAAAGAGCGAGUCUGGAAUGGAUCCAACGCCUCAAAGACUACAGACUGCUCUUGGAUUAUAUUCUAAUGAUUUGUGUGGAUUAGUAUUAUUGAGCGACAAUCAUUUAGGAAGUUAUUCGGGAAUAACGAAAGAAUUAUGUUCAAUAUGUCAAUUAACGACAGAGUUUCACUUCCCACCAAUCGAUGAACAACUAGAAAAAAUUCGAGAGGAUGUGAAAGAUGCUGUUGCCUGGAGGCAAGCGCAUCACAAAGAAGGAAACGAUUCACAAACAAAAAGAUCAACGGGCAGCAAAAGUUUACAGACAGGCGAUGUUUAUAUUACGAGGCAUUCAAAUUUAGCGCAAGUUCAUGUAAUUUUCCACAUGGUAGUGAACGAUUCAUUGCGAUCUGGCGAUAUCAAUUCGAGGCACCCGGCCAUUUUAGGAUUACGAAAUAUUUUGAAAACUGCUUGUUGCAACGAUGUAACCACACUAACUAUUCCAAUACUUCUUGUUCAUGAAAUGUCGGAGGAUAUGACUGUUGCGUGGUGUACAAAGAGAGCAGAAUUAGUUUUCAAAUGUGUAAAAGGGUUCAUGAUAGAAAUGGCAUCUUGGGGUGGUGCUGAAUUGAAGAAUCUGCAAUUUCUGGUACCAAAGGGAAUGUCAGAGGAAGUAUUCGGUACCCUAGCUACAAUGUUACCGAGCAUAUUCCGAGUAUCGAAUCCUUUGGUGUUCAAAGCGACAAGCACACCUCAAACUCCAAAAAAGUGAAUGACCCUCUUGCCACUGUUAUUGUACACGCGUCGAAAAUAUUAAAGUAUUUGUUGUUAUAUAUACGUAUAUCACACAUCUUGGCGGCAAUAAUUCAUCGCUGGCGCGAAUACUAUAUAAGAUAUGCUCGAA